UGCCACUGGUUGUGGUUGGAUGAUGUCCUUCUGCUAUUGUUGGGAGUUUCACUGCGUCACUUCUCAUUCUAAACGAUUCCUUUUCAGUUCAGAUACCAGAAAACGGAAUUGAAGGGAGUGAGAAAUGACACUAGCUCCUGCUCUUUCUAUCCCUAUCUUCCAUUCUUCCUUUCUUUGUUGCCCUCUAAAACUUAAAUCUUUCUCUCUCUCUUCCUGCAACCCAUCAUCAUCAGGAAAUAGAAUUCAACCAAAACCCACAUCUUAUCCACGCAUUAGAGCUCUGGACCUUGAUCAAAACACGGUAUUGGCUAUAACUGUUGGUGUUGUCAGUGUGGCUGUGGGGAUUGGCAUUCCAGUGUUCUAUGAAACCCAAAUUGAUAAUGCUGCUAAGCGAGAAAACACACAGCCAUGCUUCCCAUGCGAGGGAUCUGGUGCUCAGAAAUGCAGAUUUUGUUUGGGAACUGGCAAUGUGACAGUAGAACUUGGUGGGGGUGAGAAGGACGUAUCUAGAUGCAUAAAUUGUGAUGGCGUUGGUUCAUUGACAUGCACAACUUGUCAAGGAUCUGGAAUUCAACCUCGUUACCUUGACCGUAGAGAAUUUAAAGAUGACGACUGAGACAAGCUAAGAAUAAGUGGUGCUGAUUUUGGAUUCAAUUAUGAGUUUUGAUUCAGUGCUUGACAUUUUGCUUCAAGGAGCUCCAAGAAUGAAAUCUCAAAUCAAGUUCCUCCUCAUCAGUGAUAGAUUUUGCUAGUAUGGAGUUCGUAGGCUUACCUGGUUUAUACUUUUGCUCAAUGUUAAACCUUGGCAAACUAUUCUUUUACAUAAAACGCGGUGCAGUUUAUGACUAGGGGAACCUUUUAGUUUAAAUGAACGGAGGAGAGGAAUUUUCAUGGGGGAAGGGAAGGAGAGGAGAGGAGAGGAGAGGAGUUUUAAUGGAUGAAUGUAAAAGAAACUCACAUUACAUUUUUUGAGGCAUGCAUGUUAAAGGUUAUUAUUACCAAAGGAAAGGUGAUUUGUAUGAUCCACUGAUACUAGUUUUGAGCGAACAUAAACAGUUAUUUUUUUUUAUCAGCUGAAUGAAGUCAAUGGUACAAC